GGCAUGUUAUAUAUUCCAGGACGCAAAAUUAUUCUCGGUUUUUAAGUGCAUUUGCUGAUGCACUUGAAACAAUUGGAAAUCCUUUAGUGGUAAUAAGUUCUACUGGAAGGAGUUCAACACUGUCAAAGUUGAAUGCUGUUUUCAUCAGCCCUGAGCAAAUCAGGGAUCCCGACCGUGUUUGUGCAAUGCUAUUCCUGAAGAUUUUGGGAAAUGUUAAGGAUAAAGAGUCUUCACAAGAUUCAUCAAACAUGAGCUCCAGCUCCAGCUGUUCGCCAAGUACUGGGAUUGAGAGAAAUAAAUCUGGAAAUCAACAAACUAGUCUAGAGAAGUCUGAAGGACAUCAACGUGGAAAUGUUGAGGAGAGUGCAGUGGAUACUGUCAAAUUUCUAGAGACUGUAAUAUCCCAGUUAAAGGAAGAAAGAACUCAAGAAGACUUUGGCGAGCACUUGGUUCAGGAAAUGAUGAGUGUCUGUGAUGAAUUCAGACAGCUCACUGGGAGAAAUGAAGGUGAAGACUUGAAUGCGAGGUGGCAGGAUUGGCGAUGCAAAUUGCAGCAGGUAAUGAAUUCCCUGUCCGCGAAAAAAGGCAUCAGCAAGGAGGCUUUCGAGAGCAGUGUACACAGCCGUGAUAAUACCCCGGAAGGCGAGUCAGCUCCAGAUGACAAGGAAGCUGAAGUUGAGGCGGUUACUGUUUGUUCUACUACUGAACAAAGAAAAGAGCAGCACACUGAAAGGGAGAGCAAAAAAGGGAGGAAGAAGGCCAAAGGGAAGGGAAAGAACAAAGGGAAGAAACAUUAGUCGUCUUUUGCGACUAGAGAACAAAAAGAAUUGCUGGUUCUUGGUUUGAAUAUUGCUCCAUAACAAGUUUUCUGUAAUUAUAGUUUCUUAUACUGCUGUAUGCUUCUUUUUUUUUUGGCUUGAAAUGUAAAUAUAUAGCUGCUUUUGUGGUAACCAGAAAAGAAAAAAACAUUGCAAAUAUAUAGCUGCUUUAACUGUUUCAA